CCCACUUUUCUCCUACAACCUCUACUCUCAAGGCUCAACUUUACGCCUGAAACUUCAACCACCUCCCCGCAAGAUGAGCAGGAGGGACAGGGGAUGGGGCUGUGGUCAGUCCUUAAUGUUUCGUCUCUGCUGCUCCUCCGUGGCCACUGUCUUCCCCCAUGAAGGAUGCUGCUGAAUCCAGAACUGAUCCUGUCUGAGCUUCCCACAGGCUGCAGCGCUCCAAGCCCUGCCCCAGCACGGCUUUGAACCGUGAGGUGUAUCUGUCAGGCACUGCUCCACCCAGGUCCCCGUGGCUGGCAGCUCCCCCUGGCCUCCGCCCCCACUGCGGGCUGCUCUCCGUGGGCUGCAGCUCCAGCCCAGGGCUGCUCCAUGUGCUUUGGCCUCCUCCAGGCCUCGUCCACUGCUGCACCGUGGGCUCCUUCCUGGCUGUGCGUGGAGGUCUGCCCUGCGCAGUGCCCACGGGCUGCAGGGGGACAGCCUGCUCCACCAUGUGGAGCAGAAAUGGCUGCAGAGACAUUGAAUGCCUUCCUCACCACUGUCUUCAACGUGGAUGAUGAGCUCUGGGAAACCCAGAGACAUGAGUUGGAGGACUGUGACUGUGAUAAGAAUAAACCCCCGGACAACCCCAAACGUGUGUAGGGUUUGCUGCUGCAGCUGGAUGCAUGCAAGUCUACGAGACCCGCACGGGUUCAUCCCGUGGAACUGCAAGGAGCUCCAUAGGACUCCAUUUCAGGGCCAGUUGUCUUUCACGUUUUCCGCACUUGGUUGGAUACAGGAAUUGAAAGUAUAGGAGACAACUCUGUGAAUGACACUGAGCCGGGAGGAACUGUUGAUUCCCUGAGGGUGCGCAGGCCUUGCAGAGAGAUCUGGACAAACUGAGGGGGUGCUUUUAUAAUUUCUUUGGGGAGCCCAGGUGUCUGAUCAUGCAUCUUUGAAUCAUGGCUGGCGAUCAGUUUCCUUUUAUAGAUUCCUUCCAAUUGUUUUUUUAGCCCUAACCUGCAUUGUUUCUGCUGGAGCCCUCGGGUACACAUAAGAUGUUCAGGUAGCACAUGCUGCCAGCGCGGAUCCGGGUCUCGUUACUCAGCCAAGCCAAUUGAAUGCUGUGAAGCACACCUUCCAAAAUACGGAUUAAAGGAACCUCGGCUCUGACAACACCACACAAGCACAAGAUUUUGUUUGCUUUUGAUUUAAUAGCAUAUCUUUCUCUUUUAGUAACACUUCCGGUGAUGCAUGAAUAAACAGAAGCAAUCUAUUAAAAAAUGUCCGAUGCAAACAAAAUUCUCCCCGGGAGGAUACUGUGGAAGACCGUGCUGAAGUCUAGGUAGACUACCUCAGCAGCCUUUCCCUCAUCUACCCAUCCGGUCACACGGUCAUAGAAGGAGAUGAUGUUGGGCAAGCACAACCUGCCUUUCAUGAGCCCGUGCUGGCCGGGCCCGAUCCCCUGGAUGUCAUGCACGUGCCGUGUGAUGUGUACGGAGAUGAUUUGCUCCGUAACUUUCCCUGGUACCGAGGUCAGGGAAGAGACAGGAGAGAGGAGAGUGGAGGAGUGCAGUGAUGCGGCUGUGCUUGUGACAGCAGCAGACGCGUCACAGCGGGGGGGCGGGGCGUUGUCAGGAGGCUGUCAGAGUAGAGGCAGCGCUGCGGCACUUUGGCCUAGGCCUUCGAUAGCGCAACGUACGCUGGCCGCUGGCGACAGCGACCAGCAAAGUUCCAGCAGCGAGGAGGAGGAGGAGGAGGAGGAGGAGGAGGACGAGGAAGAGGAAGAGGAAGAGGACAGUGACUUGGACGAGACACGCGACGUAGGCAGAGUUUGGGCCGACAGCACCCAGUGGCCAGCGCCACACGCGGCCGGCAAGUGCCAGCUGGUGGAGGAGCUGGUGGACGACCUUCUUCGUGCCUGCCGAGGAAAAACGUGCCACAGCUUCGUGCCCCGGCUGCAGCCGGCCAUCGGGGUGGCCUGCGUCUGUGAAGGAUGGAGUGCCCAGGAAGACAACGUCAUCUACCGCCUGCUCGUGCCCAUGAGAGCUCCCCCUGGGCACGCCUUCCGUGUGGAGCUGGGCAACCCAAAGGGGGCAUCAAAAAGGAAGUCCUGUCUGCGUGUGGAGCUGGAGUGCAUGUGUGCGAGGGAGCGGCUGCUGGGGGACAUGCUCUGCUUUCUCCACCACACUCGGAGGGAGCUGAGAGAAAACCAGGAAGCCAGCCUCCUCAACACCUUGUGCAGGGCCUCCUACCUGGACGUGCAGAAAACCACGCGCUGGUUCCAGCAGCGGGUGAAAGCAGCCUGGAAAUGUCUGCCUCAGUCGCGUGACUGGGGCCUGGAGCUGGUGCCCUCCGACCACUCCUGCAAGAUCAAGCUGACCCCCCCCUCCAAGAGCACCUUCACCAUCGAGAUGACUCUUGGGGUGCAGCUUGAUGAAUCGGGCACGUUCCUGAGCUUUGACUAGGCUCAGACUAUGCUUCCGUCUUCUUCUCUGUUUCUGUCUUUCCAAGUAUGUCCUUCUCUCUCUUAAAUAAAACUAAUAGUAGUAUUAACCAUACCAGCGCUCCUCUCGUUCUUCCCGCUGAGCACCGAUGCUGAGCACGUAGGGAUGUGCUGUGAGAAGAGAGGAGCACACAAAAGCGUGGCACUGACCUGUACCAUGCAGGACUUAAGCUCUUCUGCCUACGCAGGUAAACCCACUAUGAGGGGACCUGCUGAAAACUCAAUUAUCCCAGUUCCUGCAUCAUCACAGAGCAUCGCCGUGUCUUAUUCAAGCCGCCGGACCUUCCUCUGUGCUUGGCGUAAGGCAGAUGGCUGUGUCAGCAUCAGGGAAGGGAGAUCUGGUACCUCAGCAAGCAGGGAGAAAAUAUGAUCAAACAGCUUGUGGGUUGAGACAGGGACAGGGACAUCUCUCACCAGCUACCAUCCCAGCUUUUGGAAGACAAAGUCAAUUUAUUGCCAGUUAAUGACAGGGUUGAACAGUGAAAACAAAGCAAAUCU